AUUGCAUCGAUUACGGUACUUGGAUAAGAUCCUCAACUACGCCAAUUUGCCUCCCCGCGGCUCCUCAACUACGUCGUCAUGUUUCCUCGACCCAUUAAACCCUGUGAAUUGUCGUCGCUUCGAUCUCCGAUCCCUUUUGUCGCUUCGAUCUCCUCCUCCGCUUCGCCGAUCGCGGGAGCACUUGUUGGAUCGCUCCUCAUCGUCGCCAUCGGCAUUGGACUCCAUGGAACAGCCGCUGCCGUCGCACCCUCCUGUCUGCAUCGAUCCCGAGCUUGGCCUCCUCGCAGGCAGCUCAGCGAACCAGGACCCGGAUAUCGUUGAACUCUCGCAGUCAGCGGCCUGGACCGCCGGCCAAUCGAAGCGGGAGCGGAAUCUGGUUAUUCCUCAUGAGGUAAUUGAGCUUGAUGGAGAGGAUGACACUGAUGGUGUUAUGAUAAUUGGUGAAAGCACUUCCGUCUACAAGGACAAACAACCUGUCGGAUAUGAUAACAGCUGGCAAAAGCAAAUAAAGGAUCCACUAUCUGCUAACCCUGCCAUUUCAAGUGCAAAUAUUGGUUCCAGCCAAAGCUUUGAGGGGGAUCUUUAUUAUCUUGAUGAUUAUGAAUAUGAUUAUGAAGAAGAUGAUUGUGAUUAUUAUUAUGAUUAUGGUGCUGACAUGAGCGUGAUGGAUUCCAAUUUGGUUUUGGCUGCUAAGUUUGAUGGUAUAGACCUGCCAACUGGAGUUGAAGCACCUGAACCUUGGUUUAAGAAUCCUGCAGCUGAAGAGCCAAAAAAGAACAAGAAGAUCAUUGUUGAAGAUGAGAUUGAUGUGAACUACAAAUCAUUUAAGCAAUUUGAUACUGUUAGAGAACACUCAGAUCAUUAUUUCAGCAGACCUGAGCUUCUCAAAACUGUUCCGACUGUUAUGAAAAUUAAUCCUUCAAAAGAUUGGGCAAAAAGGAUUCAGCAUGAGUGGAAGGUUCUAGAGAAAGAUUUACCUGAAACAAUAUAUGUUCGAGUAUAUGAAGAUAGGAUGGACAUUCUGAGGUCUGUUAUUAUUGGAGCAGCAGGAACUCCUUAUCACGAUGGUCUAUUCUUCUUUGACGUAUACUUUCCUCCUCAAUAUCCACAAGUACCUCCUAUUGUUCAUUAUCACUCUGGUGGGCUCAGACUCAACCCAAACUUAUAUGAUUGUGGGAAGGUUUGUCUUAGCCUUCUGAAUACCUGGUCUGGCACAGGAUGUGAAAGGUGGAAUCCAUCAAAUUCAACAAUGCUGCAGGUGUUGGUUUCUAUUCAGGCUCUAGUUCUAAAUGCAAAGCCAUACUUUAAUGAGCCAGGAUAUGCACCAACAGCUAAUACACAGUAUGGGGAGCAGAAGUCCCUCGCUUAUAAUGAAGAUACUUUUCUCUUUUCCUGCACGACAAUGCUAUACUCGCUACGGAAGCCACCAAUGCAUUUUGGUGACUUUGUGGCUGGACAUUUCCGUAACCGGGGUCGAACCAUCCUAGUCUCAUGCAAAGCUUACAUGGAUGGUGCUCAAGUUGGAUGCGUUGUCGGUGAAGGCGUGCAGGAUGUUGAUGAGGGUGAUAAGAGUUGCUCAGCUACAUUCAAGGCAUCUCUGAAGAAACUAUUUGAGGACCUCCUUAUGGAAUUCACUGUUAAAGGAGCUGAUUGUGAUGAAUUUCUGGCCCAGAAGGUCGAAGAUGGGAUGAGCAAAAGAGCAAACACUACACUAAGGUUAUGAACUCGGCUUCAGGUAACAUUGAGCUGCUAAAUAAUUUUGCCAUAAUGCAUCAUCUAGUUUAAACCUCGUCCUGUAGAUAAAUUAGACAGUAUCAACUCUAUGCAUUGAUGUUCUAACUUGUCCGACAAGUAAAUAAUUUAUGUAAAUACUGCUGGAUGCUAGUUUUAUUGUCGUUCAAACAGCUUGGUAAAUA